UAGAUGCUCUUUGGCGGUUGGCACCGCUUGACUUGCCAGACUCUCCAGGCCGAGUGUGUGUGUGUGUAGUGGUUGUGCUAGCAGAGCUGUUGCAAAAACUAACUGGGAAAACACAAGAUAGACGCGUGUGCGGCGAGCAGCAGCUAAAUUGAACUCCAGUGAACAAAAAAUAUUUACACAAAAUAAUAGAGAUACAACUUCGGAAGGGCAAGCAUACAACACACCGGGACUCCGCAAUACGGGUUUUUUUUAUUUCGUCUACUCUUCCGUACCUGGGCAGAGAUUUAAAUUUAUCGCCUCCUCCACCCACUACUUCGUCAUCGCCAUCAACAGUGCUGUUGUUGUUGCUGUCGUUCUGCCUUCGCUCUCACGUAAUCCGCCCCCGCACCACCUCGCCCGUCGGUCAACCGGCCCAAAAACUGACUGAUAGACCGAAAAUCGAUUAGCGGCCUCUCUUCCUCUUCAACAUCUUCGGCAUUCGUGUGUGCGUUGCCUUGCGUUACGUUACGGUUACCGUUACGUCGCCCGCGUGUGUGUGUUGCUGUGUGAGCAAGGUGUGGUGUGUAUAGAAAAUCGAUUGGCAAUUUGAACCGAAGAGCGCUAUCGUCGCCGCAGUCGCCGCGUGUGUGCCGUUACGCGAUUUUCAACAGCAGCCGCGCAGUAAUAUUGCUUUUAUUUUUUUUGCCUGUGAGUCCUCCUAAGUGAGUGCGAAAGAGAGAGAGCGAGAGUGAGCUCUCUAAAACCUCUGCAGAAAAUAAAAAGGAAAAGAAAAACACCGGACAUGGAUAAAUCAGCGGCCACGAACUCGGCCACUGCCGAUGGCCAAAACGAGGCAGCAGCAGCCGCCGCCGCAGCAGCAGCAGCAGCUGGGUGUGGCAGCAACAACAGCAGCAGCAGCAGCAACAACACUGCAAACAGCAACAAUGCACUGCAGCGUUUGGCAACAACUACAAGUGCCGUUGUGCCAUCCCCGAUGACGAUCAACCUGAACAUAAGCACCACCACCGGCGGCAACUUUGGCGUCAGCGUCGAGCCGCACAUCAGCGUCGAGAGUCUGAAGAAGAUCAUCGCCAAGAAGCUGAAGGUGGCCAAGGAUCGCAUCUGUCUGCUGCACCGAGAAAAAGAACUGCAGGAUGGCACGCUCAGAGAUCACAACUUAAUGGACGGGUCCAAGAUCAUUUUGAUACCAAAUGUGGAAACUGGUUUAUUGGCUCAACGUCCGGAGAACACGGUUAUGCAAGCGCUGGAAUCGCUUAACGACGCACAGGUUAAUGAUUUUCUCAGCGGCAAGACACCGCUCAACUUGAGCAUGCGCCUCGGCGACCACAUGAUGCUCAUCCAGCUGCAGCUGAGCACGGUUAAUCCGGCGGGCGGCGGUGCCGCCACAGUGGCCCCAGUCGCCGGCGGUGCGAGUGGUUCAAGCGCAGCGGCAAGCACAACAUCAACGGUGCCUGUAAUGCCAGCUGGCACUGGCUGUUCCGGCGCCAACUCCACAUCCUUGUCUUCGUCGGCGGUGCUGGCGGCGGCGGCCGGAGUUAGCGGCAGCACUGGAACCAGUGGCUCUGCCACUUCCUCAUCCUCAACCUCAUCGUCAUCCUCUUCGUCUUCGUCGAGAACCCGCUCUUCUGGCCAGCGAUCGAGUGGAAGAAUCGGACAUGGCCACGUGCACAGCCACCAGCAUCCGAGUCUGCAUGCUGCGAACUGGCAUGGCAUUAGUCACGGACAUGGACAUGGUCACAGCCACGGAAACGGGCAUGGCCAUCAUCAUCAUCACCACCACCACCACCACCAUCACCAUCAUCAUCACAACGCUUCGGCAGUGGCUGCGGGCAGCGGUGGUGGUAUGUCCUCGCUGCGCAAGAUGUACGGCGAUUUGCCCAGCUCCUCUGGAGCAUCUGGCUCUGCUCCAGCAACUGGCACUGGUCAGUCCCAGAGCUCGUCAACGCUAAACGGACCCGAUCUCACCAAACUGCUAAUUAAGGGCGGCAUUCAGAAUAUCGUGAACAGCUUCGCGCGGAAGGAUGCGGGCGCCAAUGCUCGUCCGGUGGCCAAUGGUGGACCCAGCUCGAAUCCAGGGAAGCCUGUGCUAGAGCAGUCGCCCAUCAAGUCGCUGUCGAAUCUCGUGUCCAGUCCCAUCAAGAUGACAACUAUCAAAAACAUUCCCCUGCCCACGACGGCUGCCACAAGUUCCAGUUCAAGCUGCAUCUGCAGCUCUGCCGCCUCCAGCUCAUCCUCGUCCUCUUCCAGUGGAGCCUGCGCAACCGGUGGCUGCCAGCAGGAUCCGAUAGCUGCCAAGCUGACCUCGUGCUUGUGCACGCGACUACCCACACCGUCAGUGGCUCCUCCGGUGGCCUCUUUGGUGGCGCCUGCUCCAUUGGCCAGAUCCGGAUCUACCAGCUCACCUAGCAAGUGUCCCGAAUCGAGUUGCAGUGGAGCGAAUGCCGGAUUUGCCGCUCGUUCGACUCUUGCGGGCACAAGAGUCACCUUCUCUGGCAAUUCGAUGCUGCACAAGACGGGCAACAAUCGCAUCACUAGGACCAAGCAUCGUCACUACCACGGGCAGGGUCACGGCCAUGGACAUGGAAAUGGUCACAGUAGUAGCAGCAGCAGCAGUCACUUUUUUAAUCACGCCUGCGCCGGCAACCAACCAUCGGUUAACGCAGCCGCCUUUGCUACAAGCUCAUCAUCGUCUUCCUCGUCACCGUCAUCUUCCUCUUCUUCCCCCUCGAAGCGUCGCAAGCUGGAGCAGGGAAUGGGAGCAGGAGCGGUAGGAGCAACGGCCACAAGCGCAACAGCAGCGGCAACAGUGGCACUGCCAGCCAGUACCAGCACCACAACGGCAGAGCCCGAGGACUCGCUGCUGGGUGUGUCUGAUACUAGGACUCUCGCUGAGGCAUCGCGAAAUCUCACCCAGACAUUGCGCAAGCUCUCCAAGGAGGUGUUUACUAACAAGAUCGAUUUAUCGGGCGCCGGCGUGGUGAGCAGCGGUCGUAGCUCAAGCAGCGGUGCCACCUCGAGCGGAGCAGCCAGUGGUGAGGAAGCACCGCGCAAGAGCGGAUCGGGAGCCGUGAUCGAGUCUAUGAAGAACCAUGGGAAGGGCAUCUACUCUGGCACCUUCUCGGGCACACUAAAUCCGGCACUACAGGAUCGCUUUGGACGACCCAAACGCGACAUCUCAACGGUGAUCCAUAUUCUCAACGAUCUGUUGAGUGCCACACCGCAAUACGGACGCGGUGCCCGCAUUAGCUUCGAGGCCCCGACCACUGGAUCGGUUUCUGGAUCUGGUUCGGGAUCUGGCAGCAGCGGAUCUUCCUCGACUACUUCCUCUGGCAGCGGGCUGCAUCACGGAUCGCGUAGCAAAAUGUACUCCUCCAAGCACCACAACUGCGCCAAGUGCAACAGCCGCGCCCAGCAGCAACAGCAGCAGUCGGCGACUCUGGCCUCUGGCAGCGGAGGUAGCUGCUCUUUCCGCGACUGCCCGAGCUACCACUCCUCCUCCGCUGCCACCAAGGCUUCCACCAGCUCCAAGUCAUCGUCGCAUAGUUGCUGCCAGGUUGCUGAGGCACCCAGCUCUAUGACCAGUCAAUCCAAUGGAUGCACAUGUCGCUACCGCCGCGAUGAUGGACAGGGCGAACGGGAGCGGGAGCACACGUGCCAGAAGUGCACCGUGGAGCUGGCCAACAUGAAGACCCGCUCAAAAAUGGACCAACUGCGCUUGGUGAUGCAGCAGCACAAACAAAAGCGGGAGGCGCGUAAACUGAAAAGUGGUCCCUAUGCCACAGCCGCUUCCGCAUCAGCGGCCGAUAGUCUCUCCUCCAUCGCCGCGGGUGGAACAGCCGCUGUUCCGAUGGGCGCGGCCGCACAGUACAGCGCCGUGAGCGCCCUGGUGGCUACGCCCCUGCAAGCAGCCGCUGUGCCCGUCCAGACGGGGAAAGCUGCACCCCCGAACAGCAGCAACGCCAAUGCCAACGGCAAUACUUCAACGGCACCUGCAACAGCAGCAACGGCAGCAGCAGCAGCACCAACAGCAGCGCCACCCAGCGAAGUGUCCCCGAACCACAUUGUGGAGGAGGUGGAUACGGCGGCCUAAAGGCAGCACAACCAUCAGCUAGAGCCACCACCAGCCCCGCUGACCUUAUCCUAUUUUGUAGCAUUUACUAGUUUACGCAGCAGCAACAAAGAACGAAGAGCAAACAAAAGAUGAAGAUGAUGAUGAUGCGCAGGAUCAGUAGAAGCAGAUGAUGGGCAAACAAAAGAAACUAGAACCACAACUAAAGCUUAAAUUAAUCUAGAGUUAGUGCAUAACAACACCAAUUCUUCUGUUCGAACACCCGCUCGUUGGGGUUUCCCACCUCCACGAUGGGGUAAAAUGAAAAUGGGAGCGCCCGGAAAUUCGAUAAGCUGUUAAAUUAAUUCUAAGUCCCUAAAACACACACACUUCGGUGCAAGCCAAUAUUUCGUUGGGAGCAAAUGAGGUGAAUGAGAACCAGCUUCUGGAGGCGAAAUCCUUUAAUGUUUUGUAAAUUAAAUUUAGUGAAAUUUUUUGUGUACAUCCCAGGCGCGCGCUAUGUCGUGCAAUUCACAAUUUGAAUCGUUCACCUACAGCGUGAGCAGAACGGAAAUAGAAUUGUAUGAAAAAAGAAAAGAAAUUCUUAUAAUGGAAAUGAUUAAUAUAGAACUCAAUGUAAAACACACAUAGACUAUGCUGAAUGAUUUGUAAGCCAAAGCGGUGGCAAAUUUUGGUAAACUAAAAUGGAAUUUAGAUCUAGUUUUAGACACACCAAAUGAAAUCUAAUACAACACACACGAUCACGAUCACACACACACACCUGGCUUUGGCAGCUUUACGUUAUGUUUAACUUUAACAACCGACGGCGGGCUGAAUGAAAAUCUGCACCUGCGACUGCGAUGUGGCGCUUUAACCUAAUUUGCCUUAAUAGAAAAUCGUUUUUCACCUAUUUUUUUUAUAUAUACUUUAUCACCAAGAAUGUGUUUCGAAACGCACCGGUAAAGACGAGCGACGAAUUGAAUUUUGUUCACCUACACCUAUACUAUUGAAUUAGUUAGUAAGACUAUGUUUUCUAUUCAUUUUGCAAUUAUCAUUACACUUAUAAUUACCAAUUAAUUAAGUUGCGCAAUUGAAGCGUCUGAGAAGCAGAAAGUAACGCUAACUUAGUUGUAUAGUUUUAAUUUAAGCCCAAGCAAUUACUUUUUUUGUCCUACACUUACUAUUAUUAUCCAAUUCAACAAAUGCAAUUAGAUCUAGGCGAGUUUAACUUUUAAACUUUUGAGUUGGUUUCAUUUGUCUUUGCCUCGUGUGCACCACAACUACUUGAUUUCAAUAAAUGUUUAGUAAAUGGUUUAGUUAACUAAUUUUGUUUGCUUAUUAUUUUGUCGGAUUUUUGGUUACCUUUUUGGUUAGCUUUUUGUCGGGCUGCGUCUUGUGCAAUACAACAACAUACAUAUAAAGACAAAAAACACUCGUAAACGAGUGAGCAAGUAUACAUCAAGAAUUUUGAUUUGAUCGACUCUUUUUAGAAAUGAUGUGCCAAUUGCAAAUACAAAUACAUGUGCGUAUAUAUGUGGAACCCUAGUAAGAAUUGUAAAUUAUAUAAAUGGAUAUAUAUAUAUCUAUAUAUAAAUAUAUCCUCCUCUGUUUCACACACACACACUCGACACGCGAGGAGUAUCCAACUAAUAAAACAUUUUAUCUAAGAAAAUCCGAACUUGGCACACAUUUAGCAUGUGUUUGCAAGUCGUAGCUAUUUAGUGAUAAGUCGAAUUAUGUGCAAUUUAUACAAAGUUUCGUUUAUGUUUCUAUAGUUUUCCCUCUAACACCCUACGUAUAUAUCUAUUCAUAAAGCUUUCCAUCUAUAUCUACAUAACGAAUUCAGUAGUUAUAAUAGCAUUAGGAGACACAUAAGCUCGAUGUACGAUAACAAAUAUAGGUUUAGACUUAGGCGAAGGGCACCAGAGGCAGGAUAUAUAUGGAUAAGGAUGGAUAAAUGAAGGAUCAUUGGAAUGUGGAAGUGAAAUGACGGAGGAACUCUGAGAAAGGACACGGAUGAUGAUAUUGGGUGGCUUUGUAUGGGCAUUAAUUUGGUUCAGAUGGGAUUUCGGUUAGAUUGAUUCGGACUCGGUUGGAUAAUUUCAGCAUAUCUGCGUGAUUUUCUAACAAGUACAAAAACACAAACGAUGAGAUUUUUUACAUAUAUAAUAUAGUUCAAAUAUUUACACGCCCCCAAUUCACUCGAUAAGAAAUUGAACCGAAAACAUAUGCGCAACAUUUGCUGAAAACGAAAAACACACAAACAAUUAUAAGAUCUAUGUGAAAAACAAAUUUUGAAUUGUAAACUAAAUUAAAUUUUUGUCGCAUUUAUUUUGAAUAGUUCAAAUUUAUCCAAAAAAAGCCCCAAGCCCAAAAAAAAAAAUCGUAGAUAUACUCACAAUAAUAUAAAGACAUAUAUACACAUAUAUUUUGGAAUCGACAUUUUGCAUCUUUUUUGUUGACAUCUUCUUAAUCUAAAGCGAUUAUUAUCAAAGCAAAAUUAAUAAAAUUAGCUAAAUUAUUACAGGCCCUUGAGCUAAGUAACAGUUGAGAACAUCUAACUGAAAAAAAUAAAAUGGUUCUCCAGUCACGUUCCCCACAAAAUUAACAAAAGAACUAAGUGAAAAAUGUAUAAAAACGAUGUAGACGAUCCUGAGUAUUGGGGAAAAUUUCAUAUAAUAACCAAUAGGACGUAAGUGGGUUCGGAUCGAACGAACUUAGAUCAAUUUUAAUGCAAGCUUCUUCAGAACUUUAAGGCAACCAAAAGAUAUAUGUCUCUAACUCCAGAAAUUGGAACUUUAAAAACCGAUACAUAAGCGUUCAAAAAUUUGAAAUCAAGCAGAGUUGUAUGGAAUAAAUUUCGAUGGCGGAAAUGAAUGCAGCGGAAAUGCCGUCGACAUUUUUUUUGUAACGUGCACAUUAACACACACGCAAUUGAAAAAGAACGUACGAAUAAGAUGCAAAUUUAAUGGGAAACUUGUUUGCCAUAUAAAAUCUAAUUUUUAUUGUUGUGUGUAAUGAAUAAAUGAUCGUGAAAAUAAUACUUAUAUACACGAAUAUAUAUAUAUAUUCAUAAAUAUAUAUAUAUAUAGAUGCAUAUACAUAUAGACAUACACACUUUGCCAUAGCCAAAAGCCGGAAGAACGAACUUGAAGAAGUUGGGAAUCAAUUUCUAACAAUUGCAUGUAUAAAAUGAUACAAAGCAAAUGAAACAAUGCAAGUAAAAGUAUUCGUCAAUAAACAUUAUUUCCAAACACAGUAA